AUGGCAUCCAUGAAAUCCUUUCACCACCUGCUUCUGCUCCUCGCCGUCGCCCUCCUCUCCCUCUUCCGCCGAGUCGUCGUCGCCGCCCGACGCCUGCUCUCCUUCGUCUCCCUGUGCGAGUUGUUGCUCCACCUCUCCUUCCUCCGCUGCGGUCUCCAACCCGUCACGCUCGACCUCGGCCACGCGUCGCUGCACAUCUGGGGCCCCAACCCCCGCCGCGCCAGCCAGAAGCCUGCCCUCCUCCUCAUUCAUGGCUUCGGCGGCAACUCAAAGUGGCAAUGGGAGCGCCAGAUCGAGGCCCUAUCCCGCUCCUUCGAUCUCUAUAUCCCGGACCUCCUCUUCUUCGGCAGAUCUCGUUCCUCCUGCGCCGACCGUUCCGUGGGCUACCAGGCGCGGUGCGUCGCGAAGGCGAUGCGCCUCCUCGGGGUCGCCCGGUACUCCGUGAUGGGGAUCAGCUACGGCGGGUUCGUGGCGUUCCGCCUGGCGGAGAUGGAGGCGGAGUCGGUGGAGCGCGUGGUGAUUCUCACCGCUAGAAUCUGCAUGUCGCCGGAGCAGUUGAGGGUGAUGUCUACAAAAGAGAAGAGAGACGUGUGCGAGCUGCUGCUGCCGCUGAAGGCGGACGAUCUGAGGGCCCUCGUCAGCCGGUCCAUGUACCGCCCCCCCCCCCCCCCCCAAGUGCUUCACAAAGUUAAAGAUUCAGUAACUGUUGUAGGAUAUCCACCUGGUGGAGAUACAAUCUCUGUGACAAAGGGUUAG